UUUGAAAAAGAAAAUUGGAGUUGCCAAAAAUAGAGAACGGAAAUUUAGACCAAAUAUUAAGAGUUGGGUUUGGGGAUUUAACUAAUCAAAACUAGUCCCUGGUCCCUAGCCAUUAUUUUAUCUAAUUUGCAUUUCCCAUAUCGUCAUCAUCAUCUUCUUCUCCCUCUCUCUCCACUUACUCUCCACUCUCCACCACCUUCCUUCUUCCUCGCGAUCUCGCCUUCCCAAUUUCCCAAAAAUGGCUGACAGCAGCGGCGUCGUCACCGUCUACGGAAAAGGCGCUAUAUACGAAACCACGACCAAAUCCUCCCCAUUCUCCGUCAAAGUUGGCCUCGCCCAAAUGCUCCGCGGCGGCGUCAUCAUGGACGUCGUCAACCCCGCGCAGGCCCGCAUCGCCGAGGAGGCCGGCGCAUGCGCCGUCAUGGCCCUUGAGCGCGUCCCCGCCGACAUCCGAUCGCAGGGCGGCGUUGCCCGAAUGUCCGACCCGCAGCUCAUCAAGGAGAUCAAGCGCUCCGUCACCAUCCCCGUCAUGGCCAAAGCUCGCAUCGGCCACUUCGUCGAGGCCCAAAUCCUCGAGGCCAUCGGCGUCGACUACGUAGACGAGAGCGAGGUCCUGACCCUCGCCGACGACGAGCACCACAUCAACAAGCACAACUUCCGCGUCCCGUUCGUCUGCGGCUGCAGGAACCUCGGCGAGGCUCUUCGCCGGAUCCGGGAGGGUGCGGCGAUGAUCCGGACGAAGGGGGAGGCCGGCACCGGAAACAUCGUCGAGGCCGUGAGGCACGUGCGGCAAGUGAUGGGGGACAUCAGGGUUUUGCGGAACAUGGAUGACGACGAGGUGUUCGCGUACGCGAAGAGAAUCGCGGCGCCGUACGAUCUCAUGAUGCAGACGAAGCAGCUCGGGAGGCUGCCGGUGGUGCAGUUCGCCGCCGGUGGCGUGGCAACGCCUGCCGAUGCGGCGUUGAUGAUGCAGUUGGGGUGCGAUGGGGUUUUCGUCGGGUCGGGUGUGUUUAAGAGUGGUGACCCUGCCCGGAGGGCUCGGGCCAUUGUGCAGGCUUCGACCCAUUAUAGUGACCCAGAUGUGCUGGCUGAGAUCAGCUGUGGAUUGGGUGAGGCCAUGGUUGGGAUUAAUCUGAAUGACGAGAAGGUUGAGAGGUACGCGUUUCGGUCUGACUGAAUUUGGUGAGUUGAAUUUUGGAGCUUUUGGGUGAAGCCCAAAGGGCUAAAGGCUAAAAGCCCCUCUUUUAGAAGAAAAUGAACAUUGCACCAUAUAUAAUUAUAUACCAUUUUUUCAUAUUGGAUUCAUUAGCUGUGGUAAUUUUACUUUCAUGGCUCAAGAGAGUAAUUUUACUCUUGGAUUUAUUGCUGGGUUUUCUUUCUUUUAUAGAUGUAGCCUAGGCAAGGCAACAAUAUUGUUAGAAUCACUGUCAAUUGGAUUCUCAAGUUCUAUUUGUCUUAGUUCAUUGCAAUUUGCAAGAUAUAUUCAUGCAGUUCUAGUAUAAUGAUUAA